UAUUUUUGUUGUGUGGGUGUGUGUUAGCAUCGUAAAAUUUUGAUCUUUCCGGUCACUCUCAACAAUUACAUGGUACUCUCAUUUACACACUUUCUGUUGCUCUUUUCUUUCCUAACUUCUGUUAUGAAAUCAGAAAUCAGUUAAAAAUUCCAUCCAAUAAAAGACAAUGUCAAGAGCUUUUGCCUCCAACAUUAGUCUUCCCCCAUGGAAUUCCUCUGAGCCUCCACCAAUUCCAUGUCAUCCUCAAUUCCACUUGACACCAACCACUCGCCGUCAUCUUAUCACCUCAAUUUCCAUCAUAAUAUCUCCAUUUCUCGCUUCUCCAAAGCUGAAUGAUCCACUUAACCCCUUUUCCUUACCAGUAUCCAAUGCUCGUGGGCUUUUCCAAAUGCCCCCUUUCCGCCUCACCAACCGGUACUUUCUGGUGAGAGCAGGGGAAUCGGAAUAUGAGAGUUUGGGGUUAAUUAACACUAAUCCAGUAGCCAAAACAUCAGUGGAUAAUGGGCUUUCUGAGAAAGGGAAGAAACAGACAGUUAGGGCAGCGUUCGAUUUGAAAGAAAUGAGGGCUUGUGAAGGGAAUUGUUGGAUUUGGCCUUCUAUUACUCAGAGAGCUUAUCAAGCUGCUGAGAUUAUCGCUGCUGUUAAUAGUGUUAAUCGAAGCCAUAUAGUCCCUGAAUAUAGCUUUCUGGAUGCUCGUGGACUGGGGGCAUAUGAGGGGAAAAGUUUGGAUACAUUAUCUGAAGUGUAUGAAUCAGACAGCCUUUCUCCGAAUAUAAAGCCACCUCCUAUUGAUGACGGCACACCGAAUGAGAGUGUUGCAGAUGUCUUUGUUCGUGUAACGCAACUUAUGUCGAUUCUUGAAACUCAAUACUCUGAGGACACAGUUAUCAUAGUCUCACCAGAUUCAGACAACUUGACAGUUCUGCAAGCUGGUUUAACAGGGCUUGAUCUUCGAAGGCAUAGGGAUCUUUCUUUUGGACCAGGUGAAGUUAGAUUUGUUGAUGCUAGCAGCAUACCUACCUAUAAGCAACCUGCAUCAACAGUCUAUAAAUGCUUAAACCCCCCUAGCUGUACAUGAUCAUUAUACUCCUAAGCUUGAUAUCAUCAACAAGAAUGCAGUUGAAAAGUUCCUUACAGAACUGCUGCUAUAGUAGAAUUUUCCACUGAAACGAUCGAUCAGUGCUUCAUGUAAAUCAGGAUCAUUUCUCAUUAUUGUUGGUGAAGAUGCGCUCAGGUAGCUGGAGCCUGUAUGGCAUUUCUUCUUUCUUAGCUCUUUAUGCAUAAUCAAGAAAAGAAAAAAAUGAGACAGAAUUAUGUACCUUAGUGGAAAUUAACUUAACUCUUCCUUCUAAAGUCACUCACGCUCGUUGUAAACUUCUAUAUUGGGAAAAUGCCACUUACUUUCUGUUUCAAGUUA